AUGCCGGUCGGUGAGGUUACGAUCACUCUUGAGGACGUUGCCACACUGAGCGGUUUACCGAUCGACGGUGAGGCCGCCAUAGUAGACGUACCAGAUCGUGAGUGGUCUGAGACGUGUACCAGUCUGUUAGGACAUGCUCCUAACGAUCUUAGCGGGGGUGUCGUUAGGCUUAGUUGGCUUAGGGAGCAUUUCAACAAUCUGCCGCCAAAUGCAUCAGCAGAGAUUAUAGGGCAGUUUGCACAAGUUAACCCCCAUAACAAGCCAACACCAUUUCCAGCAUAUAGAUGUCAUUUACAAGCCUAUACGGGUUUACCCCCAUUCGGUUGCAAACUGCAAUGGUAUGAGAGUAAGGAAUUUUAUUUCCUUGGAAUUUCCCACAAGUGCAAAAUCCCGCUCGAUUGGGUUCAUCGAAAUGCACUGUGA